AAUCAUGCCUCAUUUUCCAUUCCAAGGUACCACCCCCAGGACUACUAUGAAGGAAACAAAGACUUGAAGCAGGUGCUUGAUCAAAUCAAGGGAGGGUUCUUCUCCCCCGAGGAACCGGGACUGUUCACUGAUAUUUAUAAUUCCCUAGUGUACAAUGACAGAUUCUGCCUUCUGAAGGAUUAUGAAGAUUACAUUAGAUGCCAGGACAGAGUCAGUGAAGUAUUCAAGAAUCCUCUAGAAUGGGCAAAGAUGUGUGUCCUUAACAUCGCCUCCUCAGGGAAAUUCUCCAGCGACCGAACAAUCUCCGAGUACGCCCGAGACAUCUGGGGGGUGGAGCCUAACGAUAUCAAGUUACCUCCCCCUCAUGAGGGCCUCGACUCACUGGACAGCAAACCGCAACAGAAGUGAGAUCUCAUGUGAUAGUUAACAAACUCUACUGAGUACACUCGUAGCUUGUGGCUUUGUUGUAGACUGUAUGUACACUUGUCAUAUUAUAUGUAAUUAUACUGAGAUUCGUAAGAUUAGCAAUAUUAAAUGAGAGGACAUUAGACUAUUUCUAGGUAUAUAUGAUAAUGUAGUUCUGGUGGAGAAUCCAUGUUGGAUUGAGUACUUUUUUGAGCUUUGAUAAAUGUAACACUAGGUUUGAUGCAUUGAUGUUAAUAUAUAGGAAUUAAAAUCAUUGUUGUAUCAUAGAAUUUGUUAGGAACAGCAUAAUAUGAUUCUGUUCAAUUUCUCAACUCAAGAUAAUAGACAUUUGAAAGAGAAAGCUGUUCAGUCUUAUUUAUUUUCUUUUAAGGAGUAAAGCAAAACAUGAAAUUUACUAACAUCAUUUACCAUUUUUCUGCUUUGUGUCUGCAGUGUUUUUUGCAUUGUUUCACAUUUUUAUGGUGAAUCUAUCAAGAGAUUUUUUUUCACUACUUUCUACAAAUGAUGUCUAAGUGAAAUAAAUGUUUGAAUGUUUUUUGGAACCAUCAUAGAAGCUGUAAAACAUGACAGUAUGCAAUAUGUGUCAUCAAAUCUCAUAAUGCAGGACAUUUUCAAUAUGCAAGGUUAUAUAGAUUUGUUUUUCUUUUUUCUAGAUUUAAAUUAAUGCAUGUUUGGUUAGGGAUUGAAUAAAUAAUAUACAACUGGUAAAAGGAACAAGAUGACGGAAACAAUUUUACUCUUAAACUCUGCUAUCUUUUGUUGUUUAAAAUUAAAUUUUGUUUUAUGUUACAUGGAAAUUGUUAACUGAUAAAUGCGCAGCAAGAUUUGUCAUUGAUUUUUUUUUAGAAUUGUGUAGUUUAUAAUAAUUUUUUUUGUGGUGCUAAGCAUUCCUCUUCUCUGCAAAUCCAUGCCAUUCUUUUUUGUUCCCUGAAAUUUGGGGGGGGGGGGGGAAUAUGUUUAUUAAUUAUCUUACAGGUAGCAUAGUUUCUUAUAAAGCCUAAAUAUAGAUGUACCUAUUCAAUGAGCUUUCUUUAUAACUUGAACAAAGAAGGUGUGUACACUAAUUCACUUGUUUCUUUAAUUUGCAACUUGUUAUAACCCUCCCCCAACCCCCGUGUUUGUGUUUCACAAUUGUUUUUGUCUUCUGAAUCAAAUUCAAAUGCUUUAAUCUUGAUUUUCAAUAUUUUUUUGUAAUUAUUGGAUUUUUUCUUCUGUUUUUUUUUCAUCUUUAUAAAGCACCUGUUUUUAGAAGAAAAAAACCCAGCUUGUACUUGAGUGAUGUUAAAAUACUGAUGUCUAAGAUACAAUUCUUGAAGCAUGUUGUAUUUCUUUUUGAAGAAUAAAAUUAUGUUAAGAAUUCAUCUUUAAUUUUUGGAAAGAAUCUAUAAGACUUUAAAUUACAUACAUAAUAUUUUCUUUUAUCAUUUUAUAUAUUUUUGUUAUUUUUUUGCUUUUUAGGAUUGUUUUACAAUGAUGUAUAUUAUCAUUCACAUUAAAAUUUAUAUAACUAUCA